AUGGCUGAAAUUAGACUUACAAGGGUAGAACAAGGCCACACCAAGGUUAGAAAUGUUCCAAUUGCUGUAACUCCAGAGGGUUUUUGGUGUUGUCCCUCUCCUGUUGUCUUUCAAAGGACCAUUAAAACUCAAAAUCCUUUAAACAAAACCAAACCCUCUUCACCACCACCUAAGACUACUGUCCAAAAGAAACAAGCCCCAUUUAAUGAGAGAAAGCCACCGCCAAGUCCAUUAAGAUCAUCAGUUGUUUCCGGUGAUCAAAGAACUUGUGGCUCUGAUACACCUGGUGUUAGUGCUUCUAUUGUUAGCGAGAGGACUCCCAGGCCUAAAAUAGAAAGUUUGCCAAGGAAGGUAGCAAUUGAAUUUGGGGAACCUGGAACCAGUGAUAUGAAGGUAGUCUUACUUGGAAAGCAGGGUUUUUGUGUGAAGUUGAGUGUCCACAAGAAUGUUCUAGUGGAGAAUAGCAGAUUUUUUGCUGAUAAGCUCUCUGAAGAGGAGUCUAAUCUGUCCUGUCUUGAGAUCGAUGAUUGUGAGGAUGUUGAGAUAUAUGUUGAAACUGUGGGACUGAUGUAUUGCAAGGAGAUGAAGCAGAGGUUAGUCAAGCAAAGUGUAUCACGUGUGCUACGAAUUCUCAAGGUUGCUGAACUUCUUAGCUUCAACACAUGCAUCCAGUCAUGCUUGGAAUAUUUGGAAGCUGUUCCAUGGGUUGGGGAAGAAGAGGAAGAGAAAGUGGUCUCCUCGGUUAUACGGCUCCAGAAUGAAGGUAUUGGGGUCACACCAGUUUUGAAACGAGUCUCUUCUAAUGUUGCUAAUCCACCUAAAGAUACAAUUUCCCACAUAGUGGAACUUGUUCUCAAAAGCAACGAGGAGAGAGGCCGGCGUGAAAUGAAAUCCAUAGUACUGAAGCUCCUUCGUGAGAAUAACAGUCUUCCAAGCUAUGCAGCGGCUGAACCUGGCUUUGCUGAUAAGCCUCUGGACAAUAAGGAACCUGUGGUCAAGCAAAUAGUUCUCGAGGCUGAUAAUCUCUCCUGGUUGCUUGAGAUUUUAGCUGACAGACAAGCAGCAGAUGAGUUUGCUCUAAUGUGGGCUAGCCAGCAAGAGCUGGCAUCCCUGCAUGUGGAGCUACCUAUAGUGUCUCGUUACCAUGAAGGUAGUGGAGGAGGGGAUCGGGAGGACGAUUCUCACUCUACCCCUGGAGAACCAGCAGAGCAUUUUGCUUGCUUGGUUGGGAACUUUUUAAAGGCUGGUGAUAAUUGCCCAAAUCUUCAGAGAGCCUUUGAGGUCUGGUGGCGAAGGACUUUCAUUAGACCUUACAUGGAAACACAAGGUAAUCCACAACAGUCAGAUAGUUCAAUGAUAUCAAAGCAGGAGACUUGA